AUGUCAGACUCAGGAGACGAGGACAAUAGGGCCCAAACGGAGAGAGACAAGGCAAUGAUUCUCGCCGCGAUGAUGGAGGAACUCGGAGUUGGUAGAAUGGACGCCUUGCCCUUGGAAGACAGACGCGCCAAUAUCCCCGCAGCAAUUAUCGAGGAUGUGACCGCUAGGCCUAUCGACCCUUCGGAUCCUAUUGCCUCCCACUGGAAGAAUCUAGAUUUCGACGACGUGAACGAAUCGGAUAAACUUUUAGACCCCAUUGCCCAUGGACAGUUGUACCGUCAGCGACAAGGGGCGCCUAAUGCUCAAUUGAAUGCUCAAUCUGGUAAUCGUGCUAAUGCACCAAAUAUGCCGCCUGGUGGUGGAAGAGGUGGCCAGAGCAAUAAAAGCAGCCGCGGAGGCCAUCAUGGAGUAGGCCAAGGUGGGCACCACACCGGGGGCAAUGGGUAUAAGGGCAGUUCAGGAAAGGGCUCUAGCCGCUCAACUCCCGGCCAAAAUUCACGAGCAUCCAAAUGGGAAGGAAGUGGAGCAAGAAAGAAUGCCCACCUGGGCGAAUGCGUUAACCGUCUACGUACUCAGCCUAACCAAGGGGGAUAUACCCCGGGAGGGAAGUACGUGUCAAGCCAAAAUGCAUCAAAAUCCUAUCAACAGCCAGGCAGAUCCCGAGCAAGAGAGUUGCCAAAGACAACAUUCACUCUUGCUUCGCGAGAGGAAUUUUUUGCCGACGUUGCUAGACACUAUCCGGUGCAGCAAGGACCCAACCCAUCGACUGUUCCUGUCACUACCAAUACACCCCGAGUGACCGCCCCGAACCGAGAUACUACAGCUCAGGAAUCAAGCGUGCAGGUCUCGGAAUCAUUUGCAAAAGCCAAUUCGCCAGCCAAGACGAUUAAUAACCCUUCCAUUGCUCUGCCAAAGGGUGGCUUGGCAACUUCAAAAUGGGCACCGUCCAACCAGACAGCAGGCUCGACGAACCAGAAGGCUCCUAGCUCCAAAUCUCCAGUCAAGGUCAAUAAUACUCCUGCUAGUACUUUGCCAAAGGAUGGCUUGGCAGCUUCAAAAUGGGCACCAUCCAACCAGACAACAGACUCGAUGAACGAGAAGGCUCCUAGCUCCAAAUCUCCAGUCAAGGUCCAUAACACUCCUCUUGGUAAUUUGCCAAAGGACGGCUUGGCGGCUUCAAAAUGGGCGCCAUCCAGCCAGCAACAAAACAACCUCAGCGUCCAGUCCGAAGUAAAAGUAGGGAAUGGUCGUGGUCCUGCCAUUUCUCUGCCAAAGGAUGGCUUGGCGGCUUCGAAAUGGGCACCUCCUAACCAGGCUGCACGCCCAACAAACAAGACGCCAUCGCGGUCUAAAUCUCCAGUCAAGGGAACUCCUGCCACCAAGGCAGCUACUGGAUUGCAAGGAUCGAAUCGGGCAACCCCUGGCAAGUCAGAUACUAUCCCUCCCAAAGAUUCCGAAGAUCACUGGAGCCUUGGAAAGCUCGAGGCCAUCACAACCAAAACAGCCACAAAGGGAGAAUCAGCCACAUCACCACAAGUAACAAGGGAACAUUCAGGUGUUGAAGUGCAGAAGGACAACGGCCCAAUCGAACAAGGCAAUAUCCGCCUGACUCGGGCCAAUCCUCGGACACCACUUGUACUCAAUAUCUAUGUCGGUUCAACCCUCGUCUUUUCGGAUAGCGUUCCUAGGGAUGCGACCUUUAUACUCGACAAGAAGACUCUGAAUUUGCGCCUUAAACAAAAGAAUGCUAUGGGAACCUCUUGGAAAAUGACAUUUGUCUUGGCUCAUUUUGCAGUUGGCACGCAUAAUCAAGUUAUCUGUGAUCUAUACCGUCUAAACUCGGCCCGAAAUGAAGACGCAACUCCAGCUCGGUUGCCACUCGCAGACCAUCCACCAAGCGCCUCUCCCAAGGAGAUAUCGACGUUGUCUCGGUCUCCUGACGAAUCUCGGGAUAAUAGCACGUCUAAGGGACCAACUUAUUAUGCUGAAGGAAUUAACAGCGCCCCUUUAAGUGACCUCGAUGUUCUUAAAGAUGGUAAGGAACUCGUCGCUUUCGGCGAGAGUUCCGAAGAUGAGAAAGUCCCUCCUCCUGUAGGCCUAUCCGCCCUAGCCGAUAUGUGGGAGUUGAAUACUACUGUGUUGGUCAAUUCGAUUUUCGCUACCAUUAACGCAUUCUAUGGCCCCAUUCUAACUCACAUCUCCAAAGCCGUCGGUCAGCAGGGUUUGGGGCUUGAUGCGCCAGUAGAUGAACUAUUAGCAUCGACCCCGCAUCUUAAGGCUAGUCAUGAUCUUGUUGGAAACUUCUUCAGGUACUCGGAAACCUAUUCUUGCAUGACCAAACUAGAAAUGGCUCCUUACAUCGAAGAUUUGAGCAUAAAGCUCUUCGAAAAGGCCCUUAUUCUUCGAAAUGACAGCUCAUCUAAUAUCUCUAGGGCGGUUGGUUUGGAUCCGGCUGUUAUUGAUGGCGAUAUCCGAACAGUCAAUAUAAAGCAGACCGUCCGCCACAUCUACCCCAUAAGUGACCUCCUACAGAUGCGUAGCCAGGCAACAGUGUUCGAGGGUGAAUUGCUGCCUAAGAGUGGAAGGAGGAAACUAGAACCGCCUGAUCCUAAAAACAUUGCCGGUUACACUCCACCUGGCCGGGCAAUCGUUGCAGGUCGGGAGGAAAAUGAAAACGCCUCUCGCUCUGUUCCACAAUUUAAGCCUGCUACAUCGGCUGCUGGCUGGCGAGCAUUUGCGGAUCAUGAGACAAACGUUAACCCUACCACUGUACCUCGUAGCAGAGCAAAAUCAGGAAAUCUCCGGAGCAAGCAAACAACAUUAUUUUCGUACGAAAAUUCAGCGACUGCCUUCGAUAUCAACAAUCAGGAGAUCUUGGAAGAGGCUAAACUAACCCCAUCUCGCCCGGCCUCUGUGUCCAAGACUACAGCAACCGUUGAGGAUUUGCAGGCCAACUCAAGUACGAGAGGUAACAUUCCAGAAGAGCCCAUUCAAGAGCCACUGGCAAAGGAUUCAACUUGUAUCUCCUUGGGUAAUGAUGUGGCAACCGUCUCCAGGAUUGACCAGUCCAAUACAUCUCCAGAGUUCGACAAUACAGAGCCAGCCGAGCCUACGCCAGCCACGCCAGAAAGGAAACCUCACACUGGAAACAGAGGUACUAAACAUGUUCCCAGCAACUCCAUUUGUGAAAACCUUGCUAAAACUUUCGAAGGGCUGAACCUUAACGUUGAGAGUGGUUCCUAUGCUACCGAUCCAGCUACUAAUGAUUCUGGCAAGGUGCCUUCUCAAGCUUUAGCAAGUGUUCUGCCCACAAGCGUCGGUCCGGUUGCGACUAUCCCCAUCGAGCACUAUAAUCAGCAAGCGUCCCAGGAUGAACAACAGACAGGCCUUCAUGGGCCAAGCGCAGAAACUCCACGCCCUCUGAAUGCCCAGGCCGCUGAGUACAAGUCUCCGCCGCCAAAAAAGGGUGCCUUGUCGGGCCUACGAAAGGACCUUCUAGACAUCAAGGGUGGACUCGCUGCAUCAAUGUGGGCGCCAAAAAUUAUGGAGACGAAGUUAAACCCUACAGCACGACUUCCCUCGCCAGUGUCUCGAUCGACGAUUAUGCCAAGUGUACUUCCACCUCACGGUGAGGCUAUUCGCCCUGCGUAUCCAGUCCAAGGGUAUACCCUUCAGCCAGCAGACCUAGCUACAAGCCUUACCAUGCAGCCUGGGAAAACUUGGCGUGUUUAUGAUCCUCAAACUGGAAACAUGAUAGAGAUUGCCGGUGAAAUCGUGGGUGUAACCAGCCCUACCCGGGUUGUUCCUAUGUCUAUGCCAGGUGUCGCUAGAGGUUCAUUUGGUGGCCAGGAAAACAUUCCCAUCUCUGCUGCAACAACCGCAUUCACAAGCGUAGCCAAACCUAGCCCUAUUGCGCUUUCGUCAAGGCCGACUAUGACCCCAGGCGCUUUUGAAGGUUUGCAGAACGUUCAGCCAGCUCCCAACCUGCCCACUCCAAAAAAACCCGUAUUCUCCUUCCCACCUCGGGCCAACAUGCACCAUCGUCAGAUUUCGGAUGCGUCAUCAGAUGCGGGUGUCUUUUCUGCUGCUAACGUGUCGAAUUUCAAAGGCUCCCCUCAGGGUCGUGGCCGUCUGGGGACUGGCGCCACACCUGGGGCAGGAACUCCAUUGUCACCUCUUCGCCAUGGUGAUGAGGAUUAUCAAGCCAACCUCCAAGCAAGACUCAGUCAGAGCAUUGCAAAGCGCUCCCCUCCCGGCAAUCGGCAAUAA